GAAAGAUUUGCUUGUGUAGCAAAGUUGCGCAGGCGAAAGGGAGAGACGAACGGGACAGUGUUUGAAUCCUGAAUCAUGUUCAUUGGCCUUGCCUUAUAUCGUACGGGUUGACUAUAAUCGCCUUUUCCAGGCAUGCAUUUGUUAUAAACAAUUGAAGAUUGAACAUUAAUUCGCCACAUUGAGGAUACAUUCGACGCAUACUCUUUGCCUCGGUUGCAAGAAGUUACCAUCGAAGUUAGCUGGUUAGCCUGCACAGCCGAUCCAGGAAAAGGAGAAGUUACUACCUACUCGCCAGUGGUUUUCUCUGCAGGAAUGUCGCAGCCAGAAAGUCCCUCGUUCUAUCGACAAGAACUUAACAAGACUGUCUGGGAGGUUCCAUGCCGAUACCAGAAGUUGACCCCAGUUGGUUCUGGUGCAUAUGGAUCAGUAUGUUCUGCGUAUGAUGAGAAUACAAUGCUGAUGGUUGCUGUGAAGAAGCUCUCUCGACCCUUCCAGUCGAUCAUCCACGCCAAACGCACAUACAGGGAGCUGCGGCUGCUCAAACACAUGAAACAUGAAAACGUGAUUGGUUUGCUGGAUGUCUUCACCCCUGACACCAAUGUGGAUGACUUCAAUGAUCUUUACCUGGUGACCCACCUGAUGGGCGCUGACCUCAACAACAUCGUCAAGUGCCAGAAGCUGACUGAUGACCACGUGCAGUUCCUCAUCUACCAGAUCCUCCGUGGCCUUAAGUACAUCCACUCGGCAGACAUCAUUCACAGGGACCUGAAGCCCAGUAAUCUGGCUGUGAAUGAGGACUGUGAGUUGAAGAUCUUGGACUUCGGCCUGGCCCGACACACAGAUGAUGAGAUGACUGGCUAUGUGGCGACGCGCUGGUACAGGGCACCUGAAAUCAUGCUCAACUGGAUGCACUACAACAUGACGGUGGAUAUUUGGUCGGUGGGAUGCAUCAUGGCCGAGCUGCUGACUGGGAGGACCUUAUUCCCGGGCACUGACCACAUAAACCAGCUUCAGCAGAUUAUGAGGCUGACUGGGACACCCCCCGCCUCAUUAAUAAAUAGGAUGCCUAGUCAUGAGGCCAGGAACUACAUCAACUCCUUACCACAGAUGCCAAAAAGGAAUUUCGCGGAUGUCUUCAUUGGAGCCAACCCAAUGGCGGUGGAUCUGCUGGAGAAGAUGCUGGUUCUGGACACUGACAAACGGAUAACGGCGGCCGAGGCACUAGCCCACCCGUACUUCGCCCAGUACCACGACCCGGAGGAUGAACCUGAGGCAGAGCCGUACGACCAAAGCUUUGAGAGCCGUGAGCUUGAGAUUGACGAGUGGAAACGGCUCACCUUUGAAGCGGUGCAGAGUUUUGUGCCACCUGCCUUAGAUGAGGAUGAGAUGGAGUCAUAAAGUCAGAGGCCAGGCAGGGGUGAAAGGUCAAAGAGAGUUGGCCUGGAUCAACAGACCUGGCCAUGAAAAGACCUCCAUGCCCUACUUCACACAGUCUCGCCGAACCUAAAGAAUCAUUGAAGUGCCUCGCAUUGCUCAUGGGUGUUUCGUUUUAGUGUUUUUUUCUUUUCCUUUCCUUUUUUUGGUCCUUUGUUUUAGGUCUGUUUAUAAAAAUCAAGCGUCAGCCAACUCAGUUUGUCCGUCCUUCGACAACAAAGACACAUAGGGAAAUAGUAAAAGUAAAGGGAUGUUUUAGAAGUUGUGUUUUCUGUCAGAUGAGCCCUGGCGCUAGCUAAUUUUUUUCAAAGAGGCCAAUGUGAAGUCAAACCACUAAUUUGUAAGAGGGAAGUGCUUUUAUGAUUGUUGCUGAUUCCCCCAUUUAGUUGCUCUUUCCUCAAAAACCUCUUGUUGAAUAUUUGUUUGGAAAGCACAAUAUUUGAAUGUAUGUUCUUUUAUGCUGGUGACAUUCAAAUGUUGAAUUUUUGUAGCCUCCAUCAUAGCUGUAGCUCAGUAGCUUGUAAUAUUUUUGUCUUUGAAAUUGUAAGCCUAUGAAAUACUUUCUAGAAUUCUACUAAGUGACAAGAUGUUAGCAUAUUGCCCAGAGUAGUCUGUAGGUGACAGAGUAAUGAAAUGAUGCCCUUUAGUCAAGGUUUAAAACUGACCUGAGCCACUGUAGGUUGGGGUAUCAGUGAAAUACACUAAUGCAUACAGCAUGUAUCAUUGGUCCCAAAUGAACUAAUGUGUAAAUAGAGGUUCCAGCUUUUUAAAAGUGUUUUAAUCCCCUUUGUUCCUUCCUGUAUGUUACUCCAUCAAACAAUCUCUGUAUAGGCGUGUGUGUGUGCACGCGUGUGUGUAUAAGGGGUAUGAAUGUGUGAAGGAUUUGAGCUGUUAUUUUUAGAGUGCAAAGAGAAAUAUCAGAUGAAUGUCAAAAGAUGGAAAUAGAAAGGAAUAUUUAUACACUGUUUAGGUGAUAUUUAUGAACUGGAGUGAGUGUAUGUGUCUCUGUGGGCUUCUCUCCAUGCCUGCUUGUAGUGUGAAUACAACCAAGAAAUUGUUUACUAAAUAAUAAAGACAAUUAUUUUUCACCA